CCUCUACCCUAGGCCUUUCGGUUUGCGCGGGCCAGCCCGCCGCGGGGAGGGCUGGAGCUCUCGCGGCCCCUCACGAUGGAGGAGCUGGAGGAAGGCCUGCUGACGCAGCCGUGGGCCUGGCUACAACUUGCUGAGAACUCCCUCCUGGCCAAGGCGUAUAUCACCAGACAGGGGUAUGCCUUGCUGGUUUCAGAUCUCCAGCAGGUGUGGCAUGAACAGGCGGACGCUUGUGUGGUCAGCCAACGAGCCAAGGAGCUGAACAAGCGGCUGACUGCCCCGCCUGCAGCUUUACUCUGUCAUCUGGAUGAGCUGCUCUGCCCGUUGUUGAAGGACACUGCUUGCCCCGGCAAAGUUAGCUUUGUCUGUGACCGUGUGGGCGAGGCACUGAUACUGCGGGUGCGCAGUGAGCUCUCAGGUCUUCCCUUUUAUUGGAAUUUCCACUGCAUCCCAGCUAACCCUUCCCUGGUCUCCCAGCAUCUGAUUCGUCCUCUCAUGGGCAUGAGUCUGACCUUGCAGUGCCAAGUGAGGGAGCUAGCAACCAUGCUUCGUAUGAAAGAUCUAGAGAUCCAGGACUACCAGGAGAGUGGGGCUGUGCUGAGCCGAGAUCGGUUGAAGACAGAGCCAUUUGAAGAAAAUUCCUUCUUGGAACAAUUUAUGGUAGAGAAUCAUCUGGCUCAGAGAAGGUGCCAAAAACUACCAGAGGCAUGCAGUGUAGGUGACGGGAGACGCUUUGUCAUGAACUUACAGAGUCUGUAUACCGCGGUCACCAGACAAGAGAUCCAAGUGAGACAGAAACAUCCGGGCAGCGGAGAUCCUCAGCCCUCAAGCAGCACCUCCCCACAAGAGACUGAAAACCAACUUCUGAACGAGCCAGAAGAGCCAGUCUCCUCGGCGCCAUCCCUCCCAGUGCCCGAGAAAGAGCCCACAGGUCCUUCAGGCCCUGUGCAGAGACCUCAGCUGUCAAAGGUCAAGAGGAAAAAGCUAAGGGGGCUCUUCAGUUAGCCCAUCACUGUCUCGACUGCUGAGGACAGACUAGAAGAGCUUCCUCGUGUCACCUUGAGAGGAGCUCCCGUGGCAGCAACAUCUGUGACACAGAGUUAUAUAGUCAGAGCACUCCACCCCCCGACAAGGCUGAGAUAACAGAAGUUCACACAGACAGGCCUGGGUACUCUUAACCCAGGGAAUCUCGGCUCUACCCAUUGGGCACUGGCCUUCCCUAGCCAAGUGGAAGCCAGCUUCCGAGAGUCCCAGACCUUCCUCUCUUUUGUUAGAGGUUCUCCAGACCCAGGAUCCUACCAUGGACUCUAGGCACGGAGGCCAAGUCAGCAAAAAGGCACAAUGCUCUCAGGAAGCCUUGUCCACCUUUCUCAAGAGCCCCUAGCUAACCCCGGGUGCUCCUCAGAGACCCAGUUCUCUCUUAAGCAUGGAAUAAAAAGCACUCACACUC